UCAUUUCCAUUCCAAAGUACAAAAACCAGACAAUUAAGGGCUUUGCCUUUGUAGAGUACAAGACACCGGAAGACGCUCGAAAUUGCAUUAAGGCGUUUAGAGCAAAUUACGAACUUAAUGAUUUAUCUUUAUCUGAAUGCGAUAAAAAAGUGAAGAAAAUCAAGGAUGAACCUUCCGAAUCAGAGUCAAUUAAAAAGUCACUUCAAGAAAUGAAAAGCGUACCUGAAGAAGCAAUUUGCAAGAAUUCAAAAAAACGAAAGAUAAGCGAUUCUGAAGUAGGAACCGCGAAUGACAAAAGCAAAAGAUUUAAAAAUGUAAAUAGGGAAGAUACAAGCGAAAAGGAAUCCGAUCCAGAAAUUGGGUUGGAAAUUAUGACGAAGAGAGAGUGGAGCCGAUUAAGGAAUAAUUGUCUGGAGAUGCAGGGUAGAAAUUUUGAGAAUAUUAAUCCAGAGAAGGAAGAAUUGAGUGAAAAAGAUGGUGGAGAAGAAAAAUCUGAUAGAGUUUCUUUCACGCUUGAGGGGAGCGAGAAUAUUGACAAUCAGAUUGAGUCUUCUUGCAGAGAUUCUAAAAAUUUUCAGAGUCGUUGUUUCGUGGCUGGACGUGAAAAUAUCGUUUUAAACCACAAUGCGAGCCACAAAUUACCUGCCAAAAGAGGAGGUGGUUUAGAGGAUGUUUCUAGGGAAGAUUUUUUUGAUGAAUUGCAAAAUUCUUGCCAAUCUAAUCAAUCCAGAAGUCAUCUCCCUUAUCGUUUGAUUGGGGCUAUGUAUCAAUUAGACUUAUCGGUACUUUGCUCACUUAGAAAGUUUAAGUUUGAACAUAAAUACCCUUCUUUGUCAUUAGAGUUUGGAAAUUCUCAAGUUGAUAAAUUUAAUAAUAUUAUUCUUCGUUACAAAGAAAAGUCUAUUCACAUACAAGUUGUAAAUGUUGAAAAACGUCAUAUAGAAGAUGAAAUUGACUAUGAUAGAUUAUUUGUCAUAGAAAAUCGAAAUUUCGCUAUUAAUACCUACUUUAAUAGUUUUGUUCGGCAUCUAAUUUCCGAAGUUGAAAAUCCGUCAAACACUAUAGAAUAUCUGAUUAUCUAUACUAAUGUUAACUUGGAUUUGACAAAAGAAAUGAGAUUAAAGCAAGGGCGGUCUAAAAAAUGUUAUCCUUUUAAAUUUGAUAUUGUGAAUUGUAAGAGUUUGAAAAAGUUUUUGUUUACCAACAAUAACACAGAGAAGCAAGGAUUUUAUCAAUUUUCACAAGACAAAGGAACAAGAGAAGAAUUUUUCAAGCGUUUACAAUUUUCCCCUGCUAUGAAAAAAGUGAUAACCGAAAGACAGUUACCUCGGAAAUUUGAAAACUAUGUAAAAGAAGAAUUUUUCGAUAAAUUAGCAUUUGCAGUAAAUCAGCCUAAGAGAAUAGAACUGAACAGCAUUAUUAAAAAUGAAAUAAAAAAUAGAAAAUUUCAAUACGAUUAUACAAAAUUACGAGAGGAAGUUCUGUAUGAUUUGAUAGCUGCGGAAAAGCACAGCAAACUUGGGAAAUCAGUCAGUUAUAUAACUGGAGUUACUUAUGAAUUCAGUCUGUUAAUGACUUUCUUGCAUGAUAUGUUCUUGCAGAAACACAUGCUUUCCAUAAAUUUUGAGGGGAAGAGGGACGGUAUAACUAAUGACAUUACUGUCAAUUACAGAGGUAGAAUUACUUGCAUAAAGAUUCAUACAUCAGAUAGUAAAGUUAACUAUAAUCAGUUAUUUUCUUUAAAAAUUAGUACGUUUUCUCUUCAUAAGCAUUUCAGUCUUUUUAAUGAUGAAUUGGAAAAGGAUGUAAGAUAUUUUAUCAUCUAUACUAAUGCAGACCUUGAUCUUACAGAAGAAAAUAAAUUAAAACAUGGUCGCUCUAAAGAUUUUUAUCCUUUACAAUUUUCCAGCAUCGAUAUUCAAAAGAAAAAGUACAAAAUUUUAAGAAAUUGUUCGUGUAUAAAUGAGAAUGGUCUUUAUCAAUUUGCACAGGAAGAAACAAGAGAGAAGCUCUUAAGUAUGUUGAAGCUUCCACUUUCUCUGAAAAAAGAGAAAAAAGAAGGAAGACUUUCUGAUGAGAAUGAACGAGAAAUAAAAGAAAAGUUUUUAAAUAAACUAAUAUUUGCAGUUAAUCAACCCAAUAUUACAGAAUUGAAUGGCAUUCUUAGAGAUCGUAUAAAAAGCGAUAACGAAUCUAAUAAUGUUCCGUACAAUUACGAAGAAUUAGAUGAAAUAGCUGUACGUUGGUCAGAGUCUAAUGAAGUUGGCCCUAUCACACCGAGAACAAUUAAAGAGCUUUUAGAAGAUAUUAAAAAUAAUAGACACAGUUAUCAGGAAAUUCGAAAUAAAAAUAUUAGCGAAGAAAUUAAAUUUGCUAAAAUUGUGGUGGGUACACAACAAACAUUUACAUUUGAUCAGUUCUUGGAUUUUUUGAUUAAAGAAGAUAGAAUAGAGAUGUUGAAAAGCAAAGGAGUGAAGCUAGUUAAUAUGUCCAAUAUUUUAAAUAAAGCAGGAUCUAAGGCUGAAAAAACAUUUAAAGGGUUGUACAAUCUUUGGUUUGAUGUAGAUGGAAAUAAAACACGAUGUUUAAAAACUCUAGAAGAAAAAGGAAUCAAUUUAUCUUGCAUAUCCAGUAUGUUGAGUGGGGCGAGAUCUAAUGCUGUGCAAGCUUUCCAAGAUUUGUAUAAUCUUUGGUUUGACGAAGAAGGAAAUAAAAGGCAAUAUUUAGCAAACCUAGAAGAAAAGGGAAUUAAUCUGUCUAGAAUAUCCGGUAUGUUAAGUGGAGCCGGAUCUUAUGCCGCGCAAGCUUUCAAAGAUUUGUAUAACCUAUGGUUUGAUGAAAAGGGAAAUAAAACGCAGUAUUUAAAAACUCUAGAAAAUGAAGGAGUAAAUCUCUCGAAUAUGUCCAGUGUUUUAAGCAGAUCAGGAACGGAUGCUGCAGACGCUUUCAAAGAAUUGUAUGAUACCUUUUUCGACGAGGAGGGAAAUAAAACGAAAUAUUUAAAAACCCUCGAAAAAAAAGGAAUAAAUCUAGCUAAUUUGUCCGGUAUCUUGAAUAAAGCUGGAGCUAAAGCUACUAAAGCUUUUAAGGAUUUGUAUCAUCUUUGGUUUGAUGCAGACGAAAAUAAAACACAAUAUUUAAAAGUUCUAGAAGAAAGAGGAAUAAGUUUGAUCAAUAUGUCGAGCAUUUUGCAUGGAUCGGGAGCUAAUGCUGCAAAAGCUUUCAAAAACUUGUAUAAUCUUUGGUUCGAUUUAAACGGAAAUAAGACGCAAUAUUUAAUAACCCUAGAAGAAAAAGGAAUUAAGCUGACCAAUAUGUCCAGUAUUUUAGGUGGAGCAGGAGCUAAUGCUGCCAGAGCUUUUAUUUCCUUAUAUGAUCUUUGGUUUGAUGCAGAAGAAAAUAAAACACAUUAUUUAAAAGUUCUGGAAAAGAAGGGAAUAAAUUUAAUUAAUAUGUCCAGUAUUUUGCACGGUGCAGGAGCUAAUGCUGCAAAAGCUUUUAGUGCCUUGUAUGGUCUUUGGUUUGAUGCAGAAGGAAAUGAAACACAUUAUUUGAAAGUUCUAGAAGAGAAAGGAGUCAAUGUGACUAAUUUGUCGAGUAUUUUGAAUGGAGCAGGAGCUAGUGCUGUAAAAGCUUUUAAAGAAUUAUGUAACACUUUCUUUGAUGCACAAGGAAACAAUAAACAACAUUUAAAGCACUUUAUUGAGGAAGAAGACGAGGAAAAAUGUUUUACGUUGCGUAACUUGUCCGGUAUUUUGAGUGGGUCAGGCGCUAAUGCUAAAGAUGCUUUUGAAAAAUUGCAUAACGUUUGUUUUGAUGAAGAAGGAGAGAGAACAAGCCUUUUGAAUCAUUUCCAUAAUGCAGGUUUUAGGGCCAUUAACUUAUCAUCUAUAUUAUUAGGAGCAGGAGUUCGUGCUUCUUCUAUUUUAAAAAAGUUGCACAGCGUUUGUUUCAAUGGUGAGGGGAAAAGAACAGAAGUCUUGGAUGAUUUUUAUGAUGUAGGUUUUUUGGCGCCUGAUUUAUGUAGCAUAUUGAGUGCAGCAGCGGGUAGUUUAAAGAAAUUUCAUGAUUUUUGUUUUGUUGGAGAAACAAAAAAGUAUUUUCAUCACUUAUUAGAUGAAAGAGAAGGUUUUACGUCCAGGGAAUUGUCUAAGAUAUUCCAUGGAGCAGGAGCUAAUAUUUGUUCGUCUCUAAAAGAUUUUCAUGAUGUUGUUUUUAACCAGAGAGGAAACAGAACACAGCUUUUGGAUGAUUUCUAUAAAGCAGGUUUUAAAUCGAGUGAUUUAUCAAAUGUGUUAUCUUUAGCAGGAAAUAAUGCUGCUUCUAUUUUUAAAAACUUUCAUAAAGUUUGUUUUCAUGAAGACAAUUAUUUAAAUCACUUCCUGGCCGAGGAAGAACUUUUUAGCCCGAAAAAGUUAUCUAUUAUGUUACGCGGAGUAGGAAUUAAUAUUGGUCCGAUUUUUAAAAAAUUGCAUGAUAUUUGUUUUGACAAGGCUGGAAACAAAACAGAUUAUUUAAACAAUCUUAUAGAAAAUGAUUGUCAUAAAAUACAAAAUAUAUUAUUUGAAAAAUUGAGAAAUUAUUAAAUUUCGAGAAGAAAAUCUUAAUAUAGAAUUGAUAAGUAAUGUGUUUUUAAUAUGUGAAUAUUCGUGUCAUUAGAUAUAAAUGUGGUACAGAUAGUUUACAGGAUUCGGAAUCUGUGCUAUGUGAAGUGUCCUAAUUUUGUAUUUUUUAAAUAAUUUUUUAAUUCGAUGAUCCUUGAAGGGUAUUUAUGUAUAGGAAAACUGAAAAGUAUGUUUGCGGUAAUAUUCUAGGAUUAACUGUUGUACAGUUGAACAGUACAAAUUUGUGAUAAGAUCAAUCGAUAAGAGAAUUUUAUUUUGUACAUACUUUAUAUUUUUGUACAAUAAAAAGCACAUUUUGUAAAAAGAAA